AUGAUAACUGCUAGCUUCAAACCCAUACGUGGAAGUGGCUCUCCGUCUCAUCGGCAUAUAAAAAAGACCAUCCAGGGGUCCCCCAAGACUUUGCAUCUUCCUCAGAUUUGCAAAGUAAAAGGGGAUAUUUCUUCGGUGUUGAUUGUGAGGCAAGAGUCGCCCUGGAAUAAAUACCGACCAGCAUUUUUAUGCGACAUCGCGGGUGAGGUUAUCAUAGCGACUAAUCGUUCCAAUCCAUCUCGGUUGCAAGCUGUACGACAAUAUCCCAAAGCGGAUGCUGAAAGACUGAUUCAACGAUUUGGCUACCUUGAUCAUGUCAAUAUCCUUUCGUCUCGAGACUGCUACAUAGACUCAAACUCCAUAUAUGUUUUUGUGGAUGAUUUUCCGCUCACUAUGUCGAAUAUCGUUUCUUCUCCUGGUAUAUAUCCUACGGAUACAGAGCUGGCUGCAAUCAUGUCGCAGGUACGUCUCAUUGGGUCCAAAUUUUCUGAUAGUCUAACAAAAAAGGUCCUCGACGGUUUAUGCUAUCUCAGGAGGUUUGGUCUCUCAUAUCGAUCAUUUUCGUGCCAAAAGAUUCUGCUAGGCACAGAUGGCAGAGUAAAGAUUGCCUGCUUGGAUCAAUGUACAGAAUUAUCGCCCAUGGAGAGCCAUAGAAUUUACUUUAAGGCUAUUCCAAGUGUUCUGAUGGCGCUUAUGCAAAAGCACGAAAAGGAUGGAGGGAUUACCGGAGUCGAAGAUUUAGAUCGGUGGCCGGUCGACUCAGACGCUUUUGCGUUUUUAGCAGCAGCCUCAACUGAAACCAUCGAUUCAUUGAAAAUGGUGAAACCUUCUGUAUCUGACAUAUCGCAUUCACUGGACAUGACUGAAGCUUUCCAGCACCCUCUUAUCACAGCAAGAUUUCAAUCCACUGAGGACCUUGUCAUGCUCGCGCGACAUGCCUUGUGUGCCGGGGUCGCUACAAGUAGGUGUUAUGUAGCGCCACAACGCUAG